AUGGAGUUUAAUAUUUUUCGACUAUGUCGUUUGAUUCUGGUUGCAAUUUUCAUCUUCCACGGCUCGUCUUAUUCAGAAGCUGGAAACUAUAGAUUUAGGAAAGAUGCAACGUUAGCACCAAAGCUAUCUCACUUCGACUACAUAGUCAUCGGAGGAGGAGCCACCGGAUGUGCACUAUCCGCAACGCUCUCUCAAAACGCUUCCGUUUUAGUUCUUGAACGUGGUGGUUCUCCUUAUGAAAACCCGACCGCAACAGACAUCGGAAACUUCGCAAACACACUCUUAAACACAACAUGGUCGCAGCUUUUCAUCUCCGAAGACGGCGUUUUCAACUCACGUGCGCGCGUGUUAGGCGGAGGCACGGUGAUAAACGCGGGAUUCUACUCACGUGCGGAAGAAGAUUACGUGGCGGAAGCUGGUUGGGAGAGCAGUGAGGUCGAAGCGGCUUACGAGUGGGUCGAGAAGAAAGUGGCGUUUGAACCGCAGGUUGAGGGAUGGCAAAUGGCGUUCAGAGACGGGCUUUUGGAAGCUGGAGUGAUUCCGUACAACGGUUUCACGUACGGACAUAUUGAAGGGACGAAAAUCGGCGGUACAAUAUUUGAUCGGGAUGGUCAUAGACACACGGCGGCGGAUUUGUUAGAGUAUGCUAAUCCGAAAACGAUUGUUGUCUACUUGCAUGCCUCUGUCCACAAAAUCCUCUUCACCACUAAAGGAAAUCCAAAGCCUAAGGCAUAUGGGGUGAUAUUUCAAGAUGCAAAUGGAGUGUUCCACACAGCUGAACUAGCUGCACAGAACGCAAUGAAUGAGGUGAUCUUAUCAGCGGGUGCCAUCGCAAGCCCACAGCUAUUGAUGCUGAGUGGUGUGGGAGCUGCGGCCCAUCUUACAGCCCAUGGAGUGAAUCCGGUUAUCGUAGAUCAUCCCAUGGUGGGACAAGGAAUGGGUGAUAACCCAAUGAACCCGGUCUUGAUUCCUUCUCCUGAACCAGUAGAAGUGUCUCUUGUCCAAGCCGUUGGGAUCCCAAAGUUUGCUAGUUACAUUGAAGGUGGAAGUGGCUUAAGUCUCUCCAUUAGUUUGACUCGUGCCUUCUUCGACGGCGUUUCAAAUCUUCUCAAUAAGGAAAAACUCCCCAACCAAUCCAUCUCAAACAUUUUGAAAUCAUUGGAUCUUCGAUUGAACGUGACGACAAGAGCGGGUGUGAUUAUUCAGAAAGUGGCUGGACCUACCUCGAGAGGUCAUUUGGAGCUACGGAACAAGAAUCCAGAUGAUAACCCUUUAGUGACUUUCAACUACUACCAAGAGCCAGAGGAUUUGGAUAACUGUGUUAAAGGACUUAGUGCUAUUAUUAAGGUGAUAGAUUCAAAGGGAUACUCCAAAUACAAGUACCCUGGAGUGAAGGGGCGUGGACUAUUGAAUCUCAUUCUUGCCCUACCAAUUAAUCUGAGGCCAAGGCACAUAACUUCCACGUUCGAUUUGAAGCAGUAUUGUAUAGAUACGACAAUGACUAUUUAUCACUACCAUGGAGGUUGUCAAGUUGGAAAAGUGGUCGACAAUGAUUAUAAGGUGUUGGGGGUUGAUGCUUUGAGGGUCAUCGAUGCAUCCACGUUUCUCAAGUCUCCGGGGACUAAUCCUCAGGCCACGAUCAUGAUGCUCGGAAGGUAUAUGGGGCAGAAAAUUCUUCGAGAGAGGGCGGCUUAA